AUGAAGUCAACCAUUCUUUUUCGAUCUGCUCAUGGCGUCGUUCGGAAAAAUAGAGGCAGCACCGUCGGAAGAGGAGAUUCAACUCCUGAAGUUCAGGAUUGCAGCCAUACGACCGUAAUCAAGGACAUGUGCGCCAACUGUGGAGCAGAUUUGCGACAGAAUGAAAAUGGUAAUCCAUCGGAGGCUUCUGUACCGAUGGUUCAUUCAGUGCCAGAACUCAAAGUCACCCAACAACUGGCCCAGGAACUGGGUCAGGCGGACACAGAACGGCUACUUAAAGAUAAGAAGCUAGUGCUUCUUGUCGAUCUCGAUCAGACCCUCAUUCACACGACAAACGACAAUGUUCCCAACAACCUGAAGGACGUCUACCACUUUCAACUGUACGGGCCUAAUUCUCCCUGGUAUCACACGAGACUCCGACCAGGAACACCUCAUUUUCUCAGUCGCAUGGCUCCCUUCUUUGAGCUGCACAUCUGCACAUUUGGCGCACGGAACUAUGCACACAUGAUUGCGACGUUUCUGGAUGAGAACGGAAAGUAUUUCUCCCAUCGGAUUCUCUCACGAGAUGAAUGCUUCAAUGCUACCAGUAAGACAGAUAAUCUCAAGGCACUUUUCCCUUGUGGCGAUUCAAUGGUCUGCAUCAUCGAUGAUCGCGAAGAUGUUUGGAAUAUGGCGGCUAAUCUGAUCCAGGUGAAGCCCUAUCACUUUUUCCAGCAUACCGGAGACAUCAAUGCUCCACCCGGACUCGAUAAGCACGAGCUAGAUGGAAAAGGACUCGAUUUUAAUGAAUUGCAAAGCCAAAUCCAGAAGAAGCAGGAAGAAAAGUCAUCUUCAGACAGUUCCAGUGAGAAGGAAGAAGAACCCAAGACAGCAAUCCCAGAUAAAAUUUCUCCGGAAAAAGUGGAAGAGGAUAAGGAUGAGGAGGAGAAUGCAGAGAAGCCCAGAGAAGAAACAGCCGAGAAGGCAGAUGAGAAUGUGGAAGUAAGAGAAGUUGAGAUGUCUGAAGAGAGCGCGAAGGCACAGCAAGAAGAAGGGGAAUCUACGAAGGUGGAUGUCAAGGAAGAUUCCCAGAAGGAUGAAGAAGUUGUCCGGAAGGUAUCCACGUCGGAGGCAGAGGAUAAUUUGAUUGAGGUGGAAGAUCCGGAUGAUUACUUGCUCUACCUGGAGAAUAUUCUACUGAAGAUCCAUUCGAGGUUCUAUGAUAUGUACGAGAAGACUGGUGAAAUUCCCGACCUCAAGGUUCUCAUUCCGCGCAUCCGGUCGGAAGUGCUGGUGGGCAGGAAUAUUGUGUUCUCGGGUCUCGUACCCAGCCGAAUGAGACUGGAACAUAGUAAGGCAUUCCAGAUAGCCCGGAGUCUGGGGGCGAAUGUAACGCAAGAUCUCAAUGAGGAUACCACGCAUCUGGUGGCUGCUGCUUCAGGCACACAUAAGGUCAACACAGCCAGGAAGCGGGAAGAGGUUAGGAUUGUAUCGCCUGAUUGGCUGUGGUCAUGUGCUGAGCGUUGGGAGCAUGUGGAUGAGCGGGUUUUUCCGCUAGAUCCUAACAAUCCGUCCAAGAUGCGUCAGCCACCACCGCAUUGCCAUAGCCCAGAGCAUGUGGUCAGCUAUGGGGACAAGGCGGAUUCAUCAUCUGAAAGUGAACAGCCAAAAUUUAUGGAUACAAUCAAUCCUCUGUUGAGCUUCUCUAAAUCCGACCUGGCAGAGAUGAAUAAGGAAUUUGAUCAGUUUUUUGACUCUGAUGCUGAUGAUUCUUCCAGUUCGGAUGAUUCUGUGGACAUGGAAAAUCCACCGGAGAAGAAGAGUGUUCGCAAGAGGAGACGACAAGAAGAACUUGAGGAAUCCAGAAAGAGGAUAGAGGAGGAAAAGAUGAGAAUUGCUUUUGAGGCCAACGAAGAAAGUGUAGAUGUGGAUAAUACAGAGAACAGUACAGAGGAAGAUGAUGAGAUGCCCAGCACAAAGUUUCGAAGAGGCGGAGACUUGCCAUCGGAUCUGGACAUUGGCUCCAACAAUGGAAGUGAGGGAAGUGAAAGUGACGAUGAAGACAAUGGAGAUUGGAAUAUGAUGGGAGCAGCGCUGGAACGUGAAUUCUUGGGUUUAGACUGAAUAAAAAGAGCGUGAUUUGAGUUCAAA